UUAACGGGGUCGAGUUGGCGGCCAGAGUUGUGCGAGAAAGAGAGCGCGGAGGAGACAAACGACCUCCUCGAGCCCAACGUCCUCCCUCGGUCGACCGGUCUGCGUUCUGCUCGUCUUCGACAACAUUCGCCACCUUUUCGAAGCGAAAGCAGCGUUCAAUUCUCAAUUUCAAAUUUUCCUGACCCCAGGGGUCAGUUGAUCGGUUCGAAGUUCCGCCGCGGUGAGGCAGUUGCGCAGACUGCCAGGGAGAAUUGGCGUCGCGGUGAAGAAUGAAGAUCGAGGAGGUCCAGUCGACCACCAAGAAGCAGAGAGUUGCCUCGCACACGCACAUCAAGGGCCUCGGUCUUAAGGAUGAUGGACGAGCUGUGGGAAUGGGGGCGGGUUUUGUUGGUCAAGAAGCAGCACGAGAAGCUGCUGGGCUUGUCGUUGACAUGAUUCGGCAGAAGAAGAUGGCAGGUAGAGCUCUUUUGCUUGCCGGUGCGCCCGGCACCGGAAAGACAGCAUUAGCUCUGGGUAUUGCUCAGGAGCUAGGCAGCAAGGUACCAUUCUGUCCCAUGGUAGGGUCAGAGGUUUAUUCUUCGGAAGUGAAGAAAACAGAGGUUCUGAUGGAGAACUUUCGACGAGCCAUAGGCUUGCGAAUCAAGGAGAAUAAGGAGGUCUAUGAAGGAGAGGUUACAGAACUUAGCCCUGAAGAAAGUGAAAGUACUACAGGUGGUUAUGGAAAGAGUAUAAGUCACGUGAUAAUCGGAUUGAAGACAGUAAAGGGUACUAAACAGUUAAAGCUCGAUCCGACCAUUUAUGAUGCACUUAUUAAGGAAAAGGUGUCUGUAGGAGAUGUUAUCUACAUUGAGGCAAACAGCGGGGCUGUGAAAAGAGUUGGAAGAAGCGAUGCUUUCGCUACGGAGUUCGAUUUGGAAGCAGAAGAAUAUGUUCCUCUACCUAAGGGUGAAGUUCACAAGAAGAAGGAAAUUGUUCAAGAUGUCACUUUGCAUGAUCUUGAUGCUGCAAAUGCACGACCGCAAGGUGGUCAGGAUAUCUUGUCCAUGAUGGGACAGAUGAUGAAACCGAAAAAGACUGAAAUUACAGACAAACUUCGCCAAGAAAUUAACAAGGUGGUGAAUAGAUACAUCGAUCAAGGUGUUGCGGAGCUCGUUCCAGGUGUGUUAUUUAUCGACGAGGUACACAUGCUCGAUGUUGAAUGCUUUACCUACUUGAAUCGUGCACUUGAAAGCUCGUUGGCUCCUAUAGUAAUCUUUGCUACAAAUCGUGGCAUUUGUACUGUCCGUGGCACGGACAUUAGCAGCCCCCACGGAAUUCCUGUGGACCUUUUGGAUCGUUUGGUCAUCAUUAGAACUCUUCCAUAUACUUCGGCUGAGAUGGUUCAGAUUUUGGCCAUUCGUGCUCAGGUAGAAGGUUUGGUAGUAGAUGAGGAGAGUCUAGCAUAUCUUGGAGUUAUUGGGGAUAGAACGUCACUCAGACACGCAGUGCAGCUGUUGACACCGGCAAGCAUAGUAGCACGUACUAAUGGACGUGAUGACAUUUCGAAGGGGGACCUUGAGGAUAUUGCAGACCUAUUCUUGGAUGCGAAGGCUUCGGCAAGACUUCUACAAGAGCAGUCAGAUAAAUACAUAUCACAAUAGGAUAUUUCAUCUAGCGAGGGCUAGACGGUGGUUGACGAUACUUAGAGACAUGUACUGAGAUUGAUAGAGAUAGUUGUUUCUACUGAAGGGCAUAAGUGCUUCCUGGUUUCCGGCUCAUAGCUCUUAACUUUGUACUUUUAGAAUACAAUUUUGACCAUAUGUAUGGGUUUUGAGGAGCUUUACGACACGUCUAAGAGUUUGCUAGCGUAUUUCACCACGCAGGUUCCGUUGAUGUAACCGCAUGCAGCUGGGUCGUGAUCCCAUCAUGUUGAGUAUAUAUAGGCAGAUACUGCGGAUGACCAUCAUCUCAAAUGCAGACACUCUUCCAGAAUCUGUAACCAUCGUCGAAUAGUCAAAUCAGCAUGAAAUUUCAGUUUACGUUGUACAUUCAACGUCAACCGGAUUACACUUGAUUGACAAUCGAAUGAGCUGUUGGAUGGGGUUUUACUUCUACCUAGAAAGCUGUUCAGUACUUUUUGUGUCAACCCGUUUUUGGGCUGAGUUCCUUG